AUGGCUGACCAAGUCUUCGAUAUCAUCCGACAGAUGCCAUACCAUUAUUUGUUCACCGGAACUCUGCUCGUCUGUUUCUUAGCAGCCAAUGCCAAAUCUUUGCCACUAGCCCAUACGUUACGACUGGCCCCUUCGUUAUAUAGACUAUUGAGGGCAAAGUUUGGGUCGAAACGCAGUAAAAGCGCAUCGGCGCGUCAAGCAACCUCUACAACGACAACAUCCUAUGCUGCACAGCCCGCUCUGUUCAAGCAUUGCACCUUACAAUCUCGGGCCAUCGCAUUCGAUCUGGACAUAAACAUUCACAAGUCGAACAGCACGUUUUUCGCAGACGCCGACAUCAACCGCGCCGAGCUCAUAACGAGUCUUUUGAGUCAAGCGUUGGCGAAUCUUGGAUCGCCUGCCUUCAUUUUGGCCGGGGUGCAAUGCAAGUUCCAAAGGGAGAUCCGCCCCUACCAAAGCUAUGUCGUGUCGUCGCGCAUCCUGGCUUGGAGCGACAAGGCCAUGUACGUAGUCACCUACUUCACAAAGCCUGGCACGAAGCUUGCGAGGGAGUUGGACCUGCUGGGUGGACCUGAAGCCCUGGCCAAGGACAGCCAGGUGCGCAAGAUCCUUUUUGGGACAAUGGUCUCAAAGUAUGUCUUCAAGGCGGGAAGGGCUACCGUGGCGCCCGAGCACGUCUUUCAAGAAGCAGGUUUGCUCAUCGAGGCUGACAGCUUGGCAGAUAUAUGA